UUGUGCUGUGUGCAGCUUUCACACUUCCUUGACAGCCUACAUACUUUUCACAACUGCGUUUAUGUGUCAGCGUAUCGAAGAUGAAGUCAGGCAGUCAUACGCUUUGAGUAUAGACAGCAGUGUAUGGUGCAGAUCGGUGGGCUCAACUUCAAACAUUUGCAGACCACGACUGUGCUGCAGGAGGUCCCUGCAACGCUCUGCUGCAAUGAUCUCAUUUGACAUAGCAGAGAAGAAGGUUACAGGUGGGGCGUGGUGUGGUAUCUCAGUGAAUUAUCUCUUGCAAGCUCCAAAAAAGUGAAGACAAGUUCACAACUAUUGCUGUCUGCUGGAUUAAAAUGGGCAAGAAGUGGAUACAGAUUUUGAUGAUCCUGGUGUUUUGUCACGAAAUGACUCCAGGAGCUUGUGAAGUCAAAACCCUAAAGGAGAAUGUGCCAGUUGAAAUCAGAUGUGAAAUUAAUAACCCUGGCUCCACCGUUGUUUGGUUUCGAGCACUGGACACACAGGUCAUGGAAUACCUCGCAUCCUUUAACAUCAAUGGUGAUUUGAAGUCAUCAUCAAACACCUUCAAUUCCAAAUUCAGUCUUAAAAAGGGCACCAAUCCCGUUCUCACACUGACAUCAUUCAGGAAAGCUCAAGACAGUGGCGUUUACAGCUGUGCGUCUCAGAAAAGUCUUUUACUGAAGUUUGGCCAAGUAACUCGACUGGUCGGAGAAGUUGAGGUCUCAACAAAAGCACCACUGGCCGCCACCAAUUCUAUUCCACGCACGACUCCCACACCAUGUGUCUGCGACUCUAAAACAGAGCCAGAUGAAACCAGUCCCCUGAUGAUUUGUUCUCCAUUUGUGUUGGGCCCCCUUGUCGGUGGCUGUGGCCUUCUUCUUCUCCUCCUCAUCAUCACCGCUUUGUACUGCAAUCAUAUAAGGACACGGAGAUGCCCACACCAUUAUAGAAGAAAACCCCGGCCAGUGCCUCCUGGAAAACAAAUGAUGACCAACAGGCGUAUGUAAAGUUUAAGGUGCACUUUUACUGUUUGUUUUUUUUCCACAUCAACAUGGUAUUAGUGUUGCUGAGUUGUUUUUAAAAUCUUUAUUAGAUAUCUGUUGUGGAAAAAGUUUUGCUUCCAUCUUGUUGAAUGUUUGGCUGAUGACUCCAUGCUGUUUGGUUUUGCUUAAAACACAUUAUUGAAACAUUUGCUUUUCCAACCUUCAUCUAUUUUUCUAUAUAUAUAUAUACAAAAAAAUGUGUGUAAUGAAUUUUGCUAUUGUCUAUAUUUGAUGUAUCAUUAACAAUACAUUAAUUUAACCUUUACUUCA